CCGGUCGACCUAACCCUCACGAGGAGUCGUGGCUGGUAUUUAAAUAAAAAAAAUAAAAUAAAAUAAAAUAACGCACACACUCUCGUGCCGGGGAACCCAGCCAACCUGAACGCCAGCAGCCGGUAGUAUUUAACGUCUUGUGUUCAGUCCUGUGACGGCUACAAGAAAAAAGUGCAAGGAUGGAUCCGCUGGUUGCAGCCAUCGACCAGGGCACGAGCUCGACGAGGUUUCUGGUGUUCAAUGCAAAAACAGCCAAACUGAUCAGUCACCAUCAAGUAGAAAUCAACCAGAGUUUCCCUAAGGAGGGCUGGGUGGAGGAAGACCCCAAGGAAAUAAUGCAGUCAGUCUAUGAGUGCAUGGAGAGGACUUGUGAGAAACUCUGUCAGCUCAACAUUGACGUCUCCAACAUAAAAGCGCUGGGAGUGACCAAUCAGAGAGAGACGACCCUGGUGUGGGACAAAGAGACCGGAGAGCCACUGUACAAUGCCAUUGUUUGGUUGGACCUGCGCACACAGUCAACAGUGGAGAGGCUCAUCAACAAAGCUCCAGGCCGAAACAAGAACCACCUCAAGCACAAGACAGGCCUUCCCAUCAGCACCUACUUCAGUGCGGUGAAGCUGCGCUGGCUUCUGGACAAUGUGGAUGAAGUGCGACAGGCAGUGCAGAGUGAGCGAGCCAUGUUCGGCACAGUAGACUCCUGGAUCAUCUGGUGCCUGACGGGGGGCAGGAACGGAGGGGUCCACUGUACAGACGUGUCUAACGCCAGUCGCACCAUGCUCUUCAACAUUCACACCAUGGACUGGGAUCCUGAACUGUGCAGAUACUUUGAUGUCCCCAUGGAAAUCCUCCCCAAAGUCAGAAGCUCGUCUGAAAUAUACGGCUGGAUGAAAUCCAGCUCUCUGGCAGGAGUUCCAAUCUCUGGGUGUCUUGGUGACCAGUCAGCUGCUCUCGUCGGUCAGAUGUGCUUCAUGGAAGGCCAGGCCAAAAACACGUAUGGGACUGGUUGUUUCCUGCUCAGAAACACAGGGACCAAGCCUGUUAUGUCAGACCACGGCCUGCUGACCACAGUUGCAUACAAACUAGGAAAAGACGAGCCUGCCUGCUACGCACUGGAGGGUUCAGUGGCCAUAGCAGGAGCAGUGGUACGGUGGCUGAAGGACAACAUGGGCAUUGUGCAAUCUUCCUCAGAAAUCGAGAAACUAGCCGCUGCAGCAGGCACGUCUUACGGCUGUUACUUUGUGCCGGCUUUCUCUGGACUCUACGCUCCCUACUGGGAGCCCAGUGCGAGAGGCAUCAUCUGUGGGCUCACCCAGUUCACGAACAGGAACCACUUGGCUUUUGCUGCUCUGGAGGCCGUCUGUUUUCAGACCAGAGAGAUCCUCGAUGCGAUGAACCAGGACAGUGGUGUCCCUCUGACGCAGCUGCAGGUGGAUGGAGGCAUGACAUCCAACAGAUUACUGAUGCAGCUGCAGGCUGACAUCCUCUGCAUGCCCGUAGUACGUCCCACCAUGUCAGAGACCACAGCUCUGGGUGCAGCCAUGGCAGCGGGGGCAGCAGAGGGGGUGGACGUGUGGAGCCUGAGCCCUGGACACCUUCCACAUGUCAUGUCUGAGAAAUAUGAGCCUCAGAUCAACUCUGACGAGAGCGAGUUCCGCUUUGCUCGCUGGAAGAAGGCCGUCCAGAAAGCCAUGAACUGGGAGACCACAGAGCCGUGCUGCAAUUCCAAUGGUUUAGGAAAGAAGAUUAACGGCGCCCCCUGGGGGGUGCCUCCCACACCUCCCCCCACCCGAGUGGACCCCUAAGAUCACUAGCAGUAACAUACCUGUGGUACAAGACCUUCGUGGGAACAUGGAAGACUACUGUGGAGCAAGACUGGAAGAGGAGUACAAGACUGCAUGAUGUGAAGUGACGUGCGGCCAUCUUGAGUGAUGUUUAGCCUUCUAGAAGUCGGAUCUCAUGGCUGGUGCCACUGAACAGUUCAAUCAUCAAGCUCAAGUUCCAGCUGGAAUCAAGUGACCUGUGGAGGUUUUUGAAGCAGCAGAGGAGCCACGUUGGAUGUUUCCUCUUCCUCCUCUGACAAAAAGUGAAAGUGCUCUUAAACCAGCCUGUAGAAACUAGGAAUUAGCCUUCAACUUGUACAGUAAAUUUUAGGGGAAAAUCAGCUGUGUGUAUAGUCUGAAGUUGAGACUCACACUGUUGUACCUCACUACUGUAACAAAAGGGGACACUGUACUGUUUUUGACGGUUUGUUCUGUACAUAGUGUUGAUUUGUCUGUACUUUUUUUUUUCUUCUAAACUUUGGGAUGUUUAAUACAUCCCAAUACUGAACAGAUGUGACACAUGUUGACUAAUUUUCUUAAAAAAAUGGAUAGUACUCAGCUCGUCAUUUUUAAACUAGGUUAGUUCUUGGAGGAGCUGAAGAGGAAUGAGAAAUCCUGCCCUGAGAGUUUUAAGGAUGACUUUUGGACAAAAA